AAUGAGAUGUGUUCACGCCAACCCUUAAGCAUUGGUGUUCACAUGAGCGGGGGGGGAUUGGAGUAAACGGGAUGAAACUUCUAUAGUGUUGUUAAAAUUAAGUGCUGCUUUAAAAUGUAAUAUUUCCAGCACAGGUGCUGAAUGAAUCCAGUGGCUUCACAGCUCACAGCGCCGAACUGCUCUGUGUUGCCUUAACAACGCAGCACACAGCCUGUAACCUCGCCCCGUGUUUUUACGUCGGUGCGUUCAGCGCCGGAGCCAAUCAGGAGUCAAAGCGCAAAAACGUUUUCUUUGAACUCACCAAUGAAAAGCCAGCAUUGCGCUUCCCUGGAAGGUGAAAGGUCAUCAGCUGUUGCAGUUGCUCGAGAAGGAUAAAUCGUUCCUACAGCAUGAAGGCGAGGUCAUCCUCUCCGGUUCACGUGCACUUAGACGAGGCCAUCCCCGUGCACGUGCACGUGCAAAGAAGCCAGUCUCUGCCCUCAGCCCCGGAGAAAUCGCAUAUUGUCAAAUAUGCAUCAAUGUCUAACCUGGAGAAGGACCUCAGGAAGCAGAAAGAAAAGAAGAGGACCAGAAAGACAGUUUGCAGGAGCCACAGCAGUGAGUUAAAGAAAUCCUCACAGAAGCCACAAAUCACACCCAAGCAGGCAGAGAAGAUCUGUUCAGUGAUCCACUCCAGUGACGUGGACUUUCAGAAAGAUUUGGAUGUGCCUGCUAAGCAGACUGAUCGUCUCUUUGAAGAAGCACACAAAAGCAGAAAGGAUGUCACAGAAAGGAGGAGGCAUUGUGUGUUUGAAGACACUUCGAAGGAGCUGCCUUGGAGCUGUAGCAGCAGCACAGGGGUUCGAGCAGCAGGCCUGACAGAGUAUUCGGACGAGCUUGAGAACGCGGCGAAAAACGGCAACGGCAGCCGUCUGCAAACCAGCUCCCUCCCAAGGCUCUCGGAGCUGGACGUGAGCAGAGAUGAUGACGGUGCUGUUGUGGACCAGAGGCUUUUGUUAAGAACUCUCACUGAAGCAGAGUCUGCUGCCAGUUCUGCAGCAGCCCAGCUCCUGUCUUUAAAGGACACUUUGCCUGAUUUCUCAAGUGUGUCGAGGUUUUCUUCUCCUGACGAGCUGAGGAUGUCGAGACAGAAAAGUCUGCUGAUGGAGAAGCUGGAGAAUUUUAAAGGUGUAAAUAAAUCGCUCCGACAGCAGCUGCAGGAAAUGCAGGAUCAGGAGGCGAUCCAACUCCAGGCUGACCGGCGUGUUGAGGUUUUACUGACCAAGCUGACGGAGGCUGAGGCUGAAAACCUGAAUUUAAGACGCCAUCUAAGAGAAAAUGAGCGAAGGAUUGAAGAGCUGCUGGAUUUGCGCAAGAAAGAAAGGGAGAAUACAGAGACCGUGGUGCAGCUGUCGAAGUCCGUGGAAGCCACUCGGGCACACCUGCAGGGACAGCUCCGUCACAAAGAGGCCGAAAACAACAGGAUGGUGGUGCAGUUACGGAGUUUGGAGAGAACAGUAACUGAACACAAAUUGGCGAUUGAGAACCUGAAGCGCCAAAUGUCGGCUGCGCUGGACAAAGCUGCACAGGAGAAGCAGGCUCUGAAGAAAGCCACCAGAGCCCAGAAGCACAGAGCCCAGCGGUUUGAGGCUGCCAUUGAAAAGUGUUACAGUCAGCUCAAAGACAAGGAUGUGAAGCUGACCGAAGCGCUUUCAGCAGCUGACACAUGGAAAAGACAUCACGAGAUGGCCAGAGAGGAGAAGGCACCGCUGGAGGCCAAGAUUGCGGUGCUUCAGCUGCAGAUCACGGACCUGACUGAACAGCUGAAGACGGGAAAAGACAAGGCUAGAAUUUCAAAUGAGGAUCUCCUGCAGAAAGUGGAGAAACUUCACUCUGAUAAUGCCGACCUGAACCUUGAAAAUGCCAGAUUGAUGGCCUUCAUAGCUGAUCUAGAGGAGAAACUAAGUGUUUCGCAGGCUGAGGUCCAAGAACAAGUCUCAGUGUCCCAUCAACAGAAGGAUCUCCUGGAGCAGUAUAAGACUCAGGUAAAGGAGCUGCAGAAGGAGGCCGAUGAGCUAAAAACUAGAUGUGAGAAAGUUUUAAUAGAAAAUAAGAGGGUCAAAGAAGGCAAAGACACAGAUGUUGAAAAGGUCAAAAAGCAGCUGGAGUCUCGAGUGAAGGAGCUGGAAGUUUAUCCUGAUUUACUGAAGGCAGCUGAGCAAAGGCUGCAGGACUGCCAGGACAAGCUCCUGCGCUGCGAGAGAAGAUGCUCAGACAAGUCAGAUUCUGUUAGUCAGCUGCAGGUUAAGGUGGACCAGCAAGCUGAGGAGCUCAGAUCAUCCCUGGAGGUGAAGGACUCCCUGCAGGAAGACAACCUGCAGCUACAGCUCAGACUGGCGGCUCUUCAGAGUAAAAUAGAAGAACUGGAGUCGGGAAACCAAGAGCUUGUCCACAGACUGGCCAGCCAAGAGGAGGCUCUUCAGUACAGUGGGAAGCAGCUGGAGGAGAGGUCAGCGGAGAGCCUCUCUCUCUCUCGCCAGCUGGAGGCGGCUUUAGCAGAUGUCAAACAGCAGGUUUCUGAAGUGAAGGACAAGGCCCUUGCUAGAGAAAGUGUCCUACAGAGCAAAAUCCUGGAGCUCGAAACAGAGAAAAGCAGAAAAGACAAGGAGUUAAAACAGCUGCGGCAAAGCAAGCUGUCGGCGGAAAAGCAGUACGAGAUCCGAUUAAAAGACUUGCAGCUAAGUUUGGACCAAUCGGAAAGCCACAAACAGAGCAUCCAGAACUAUGUGGAUUUUUUGAAAAAUUCAUAUGCCGCUAUGUUUGGGGAGGGAAUUUCAUCAAAUUUUGGAGCAUCAUCUUUUUAAAAAUAGUUUAUUUUCUACAUUUUGUAUGCUGAAUUGUGAAUUAUUCAACUUAUUAAUAUAUAAUAUUUUUGGGACAUUUAAGUUUAAAGUAAUAAUUAGAUUUUUUUUACAUAAAGUUUUACAUUUUUGUGAUCAGUGUUGCACAGUAUAAAAUCGCAAUCCGCUAUAGUUACAAUUUUGUUUUGAAUUAUAAUAGCUUCAAUCUUUCAGCCAUUUGAAGACUGUCAUGAACACUAAAAUGUAUUGCCCAGUUCAGUCACAUAAGUUGAUCUUAAUAUUAAUGAUUGAAGCUUACAGAACUGUUCAACAACGUUUUCAAAACACUUCUACCAGCUUCAAAAUGUGCUUCCAGGCUGCUAUUAAAUGUGCCGGGCUUAGGACGGUAUAAUUUUCUCAACUCGUUAAAAUACAGCUCUAAUAUCUUUUAGGCAUGAGCAGAUUAAGAAAAUGUUUGGUAACAUUAAAGAAAGUAAGUUGCUCUACAGGGCUUUGGGAAUCUAUUAUGGGAAUCACACUGAAAUGACUUGAUCAGUCAUUCCAGAACCUUUGAAAACUGUUAUAUCUUGAUAUUUCAAUAUGAAAUGCUCAAUAAAUGUGAAUAAUCACAUCUACUUUAUUAAGA